AUGAAAAUGGUCCAUCAAAUGUUAUCACAAUGGAAUGAUAGACCAAUGAAUAAUGAUUUUUCUCAAGUAACAACUGUAAGAAUUUGUAAUACAGACAGAACUCAACUACAAGACCUGUAUGAAAUGCUCAAUAGCUUGUCAAGUGGUAUUGACACAUUGAGCAAUGACCAAGAACAUCUAAGUAAUGAAUCACUUCAAAUUCAAGUAACAAUUGCAGUAUUGACAGAAGAAUUAUCCAAAGCUAAACUAUCCAUUGAAGAAACAAAUGCUCUUUUGGAAGGAGUGAAACUUAAUCAGGACAUUCUCAAUCAAAAUUUAGCAUCAAUACAUGAAAAAGUCAAGGAAUUGCAAUAUCUUUCAUAUGAUGGGACAUUCGUAUGA